UACCCUGAACCCACAGCUCUUUUUGACAAUGGAGACUGACAAUAUUUACAUGAACACAGAAGACUGCACUCAAUUCAAGACCUAUUAUAAUACUUCAAGAGAUCCACACCAACCAAACCCUGUACUCCAAAAUACAGAGGACGCCUCCUCAGCUACCUCCAAAAUAAGAUGUCAGCGGCAGGCUUGUGUGUGCCUCACUGUUCUCUGCUGCCUCCUGCUGGGUGGAUACGCAAUCUUCAGUGUUUUCUUUUACCAAAUUACCGAGGAAAAAGACACGAGACAUGCAGCUAUCCUACUGAAUCUCUCCUCUGUGGAAACAGAUUUUGCUGAUCUAAAGGACAACUAUACUGCUGUUUUGUCAGCCCUCCUGAUGUUACAGAAGAACUACAGUGACCUUCUAAAUAAAACAAGGAAAGUGGAAGUCCAGGAAUGUUCCUGUGGUUUGUUGGGAUGGCAGCCCUUCAUGUCAUCCUGCUAUUUCCUCUCCAGUGAUGAAAUGACUUGGGAGGAGAGCAGUACAAACUGCUCCAGGAUGGGAGGUCACCUAGUGAUGAUCGAGACUCAGACAGAGCAGGAGUUUCUAACAAAGUCUUCUGGCAGCAGUCAUACAUGGAUUGGCCUUAGUGACCUAGCUGUAGAAGGAGACUGGCGCUGGAUCAAUGGGCUGCACCCUACACAAAGAUUCUGGUUUUCUCAUGAGCCUGAUGACUGGAAAGGUGAAGAUCGGAAAGGAGAGGACUGUGCUCACCUCAAGCCUCUGACUCACCCCCUCAACAACUGGCACGAUGCCCCCUGCACCAAGAAAUAUCACAGAAUCUGUGAGAGGAAGAGAUGUUAACAAGUUUUUUUUGUUUUUAAGAACAAUGAAUCUCUAAAUACACAAUUGGUUUUAGAGAUGUUUAAGGGUGAAGAAGGGAACAAAGAUGGUGUAUGAUCUGGUAAUUUUGUAAUACUACCUGUACUAAUUUUUGUAUAACCCUUUUUAAGACAAAUAAUUUUUUUUGUGAGAUCUGUAAUUUUGGAACCACCACUGUGCAGCUAAACUGUCCACAGUAGUUCAUUAUUAGUGUACUUUCAUUAACAUGCCACCAAUUAAUAAGGUUUUGAUUGAAUUGAAAACACUCUCUUAUAACUAUGCUGAAAAUGAAGCUUUUAUUUGAAAUAUAAUUUGUUUGCAGUUCAGUGUUUAUUAUCCAUGAGUAGUAAAUGGCAUUCUGUUCUCAUAUGUGGUGAACCAGGUCCUGGUGCUCUCCUGUCUGUGCUACUGCAGCCUCUUCCUGGCUGACCCAGAAUUGCCUUGUUACUCUCAUGUCACAUCAUGGCACGUCCCCCUGCAUAUAUCUAUAUGUUUAAAAUAUCUGAUUUUUAAAACCAUUCAAUCAUAAUGUCAUAUUUCAUACAUUUGUAAUGAGUGCAGCUCUGCUCUGCUCCUCCUGGGAGUCAGAAGUAUGUUUUUAAUUAAAAAAAGGAUGAGAAAGAAUGACUUAGCAGACAGUGAGUAACACAAUCAGGCCAGCCUGAUUACUAUAUGAGAGUACUCAUAUAGUAAAGUAAGGAUGUGAUAUCCAAAGUGUAGGGGUCUCAUCAGCACUUUUCUCUCUCCCUUCUGGUAUUCAUUCAUAGUCACGUGUGGGCUCAGAGCACAUACAGAGCCACUGUCAGGACAGCAGCAAACUCCACUGCGUCUGAAAACCAGGUCUUCUCAUUUCUACAUAUUCUAGAUCUCAAGAGGGGUAUCAUCAUUUCUACAGCAAGCUCAGUGCCAUUGAGACCUGUUAUACUGUACAUCAGUUGGUACAGCCCUGCAGUUAGUAGCUCUAUCUUCCUAAUCAGUAGGGGCUAUCUGUGUGGAGUUUGUAUGUUCUCUCUGGGUUUGUGUGAGCUUCCUCUGGGUGCUUCACUUUCCUCUCACAGUCCAGAGACAUACAAUUCAGUGAAACAACGGUUGGAAAAUUUGGGCCUGGUGGAAGUGAGUGCAUGUCCACGUCUGUGUCUCUGUCCCCUUAUGGAAUGGUGUCCCAUCCAGGGUCUAUCCUGCUUUGUGCCUGUUUCUUCCUGGGAUAGGCUCUGGCUCCCCUGCGAGCCAGAACUGGAUAAAGGCGUAAGAAAAAGGAUGGAUUUACCAAAACAAUUGUCAGAAUCUGAAGAAUCAAUUAAGUGCAUCUGUGCUUCUGAGCUCCCAACUGAGCAGGACAAUGUGCACAGAGAUGGCCAACGUGUAUAUGAAUUUUGAUGACUCCUCAGUGUUGAUGGUGAAUUCCUCUAAAUUAUCAGAUCAAGCCCCUCAAAAACGCACAUCUCAGAAACCAGGGAGUGCUUUUUCUGUGUACCCCAAAAUGAGAGUUCCUCAGCAGGCCUGCAUGUGCAUGACAGUUCUCUGCUGCCUCCUGCUGAUCGGAUACAUAAUCUUUGGCGUUUUCUUUUACCGAAUGUCCCGGGAGAAAGACGAGCGAUACGCAGCUCUUCAGCAGAAUCUCUCCUCUGAAGAACCCGACUUCAGAACCACCUCUAACUUAGAAUCGGAGCUAAAGAACAACCUCACAGUGGCUGUGUCAGCCUUCCUGGAACUGAAGAAGCGCCACAAUGAUCUGGAGGAGAAAUUGAGAGAUAUGGAAUCCCAGUUAUGCCGUUGUUGUCCGAAAGGAUGGACAUCCUUCAUGAAUUCCUGCUACUUCUUUUCCACUGCCGAGGAUACAAUGACCUGGCCAGAAAGCAGGAUCAACUGCUCUAGGAUGGGAAGCCAGCUAGUGAUUAUAGAGACUCAGUUACAGCAGGAAUUUCUGACCAAGCGUUUUGCCAAUGGCUAUUCCUGGAUUGGACUUACUGACCAGACGGUAGAAGGAGACUGGCGCUGGGAGGAUGGGUCACCACUGACACAAAGUUUCUGGUUCACUCACGAGCCUGAUGACUGGAAAGUUCAAGAUAUUAAAGGAGAGGACUGUGCUCACCUCAAACCUCACACUGACCCCCUCAACAACUGGCACGAUGCCCCCUGCACCAUGAAAUAUCCCAGAAUCUGUGAGAGGAAGCAGUUUCAAUGAAUGUUUGACACUACAACAGCUGUAUAAAUAUUCUUUGACAUAAUAUCCAGUUACUUUCAGCUGAUUCUGUUUUUGAGCAACAGUGGUUAUAAGUUGGAACACAGAGAGAACAUCAAUGUCUGAGUUAUUCUGUAGUUCAACAAAACUCCCACACAACUUGAGACUUAUUGUUAGAGGUUUUCCUCCUGAAUGGUGUUUUCUUUGUUGUUUAUACAGUGAAAUUAAUGUACCCUUUCUUCUGUUCCAGGAAUUAAAUAAAUAAAGAUGGGGGUAA